CAACAGCCACAACGCGGGCGAGUCCGAGUGGCGCGGACCAGGGAGUGACCCCAACAACAACCCGCGGGGCAUGAACGGGACCCGGCUACCCGACAAAUGGGACCAUAUACCCGAGGUGCCGGAGCAGGCUGCUAUCGGAGACCUUCACCUGUCCUUUGAGUACCACCAGAGUAACCUCAAGGUGCGGGUAUGGCAGAUCAGCGACCUACUCCUGCCGCCACCUCAGAUCUCCAUGAUUGAGUCGAUUUUUGUACGUAGCUACCUCAUCCCAGACCCGGUCAAGAAGACCAACAGAAAGACAGAGGACGUCCCAGUGGAGGGGUCAUCUUUUGGUAGGAAGAACUCAGGGCCGCUGGGUAUCGAAGGAAUACAGCACAUCUUCACUCCAUCCUCUUUUAGGUUUAACACACCCCUUCUGUACACUGGCGUGACACCAGACAUUGUGAAGGAGCGCAGUCUGCGACUGGAAGUGUGCAUGACCCAAAAACACUCCGGAAAAUUCUUCCUCAUGGCCAUGGUUCAUAUGCCAUUACGAACUGCAGUUCGCAGACCCAUUCGGGAACGUUACGCGCUGAUUCCAUGCAUGAACGUGACCAUCCCCAACAGCAUGCGAGUUUAUAACGCCAGAGAUAUUAUUGUGGAGAGUUCUAAGCAGUCCCUGUCAAGGUCAAAUUCUUCGCAAUCGGGAGGGGAUUCCACGGUCACUCCUCGGAACGAGGACUUGGAAGAUGUGGAGGUGGAAAACCUCAUCAGAAAAUUUAUUUCCGUAGGUAGCAGCUUAGAUGAUGACGACGAUGAUGAGGAUGACGAUGACGGCAUUGGAAGCAGCUUUGAAAUAAAGACAAGCUCUGGAAAAAGUCCAGGAUCAUCGACAGUUGCGGUUGAUUUGACCUCUGUCAAUACAGACAAUGACAACGAUUCAGAGGGUGACCUCAAGGCUGUUGUAAGUCAUGAGACACCGAAAAGUGCCCAAGUGGCAAUAGAUAUAGACUCAGGGACGUCUGGAAAAAAGAAAAGAAUAAUUCCCAAUGAGUUCUUGAAAAAGACAUCAGAGCCUGCCCCCCAAAAUGGGCCUCACAAGGAUAGUGCGAAUGUUGACUCUGCUAUAGUUAAUGUGGAAGAGGAUCUAAAGCACACGGUUGUGGAUAUGGACAGUGUUGCGGGUAAUGUGAUCAUAGAUGUGGAUAAGAAUGAAAAGUUGAGCUCAGUGAAGGACGCAGGUAGUGAAAAGAUUCAGGAAGACACUCCUAAGAGAAAGAAGAGAAUUAUUCCUAAUGAGCUGGACUUGGAUGUCAAAGCCUCAGACUCUGCCUCCGUUCCUCAGGUGAAGGUCACCGACGUAUCUGACAGCUCAGAGCCAGCUACAUAUAACGGCUGUGUUUCCGAUGACAUUGCAAGUGACAAGGAAUGCGGACCCCAACUUCUUAAGAACAGUGAUGGUCUCGCUGUUACCAAUAAUAAUGAUGUGCCUGAUAAUAUCAAUAUGUCAACUAAAAUCUCCACACAGCAGAAAAAGGAUGAAAUAGAAACACAGAGCGUCUGUGCAGAGAGUGAAAAUAAUGAAGAAGACGAGAUUUCUUCAGAGUUGAUGACGUCUGUCGGAAAACUUAGCGUAACUGGAGCGUCUGCCGAUCUGGAGCCUUCUUCCACACCAGUGUCACGACCAGAAACACCCAUCUGGGAUUAUUACGAUUUCACGGAGGAAGAGGGAGCGGUCGCAGGUGGGGAAAACGGUGAAGCAAAUUCCAACAGUGAUGGGGGACCCAAGAGACCAUGCACCCUGCAGGAGAGUAUAGAGAGGCUGAGUCGGACCAUGACCACACUGGACACCUGCCUGGUCUCAGGCCCUGUGCUGCCCACAGUUAUGAUAGAAGAUUUUGAGAUGGAUGAGGAUGACUCAUAAUCUCCCCUGUGCCGUGUAUAUCGAUGAUGUUAUACUGUAACUGUGUAUCUGGUUUCUUGAAUAGGUGUCCACAAGCAAAAAAUAAAAGACGUUCCCUUCUCAAAAUAAAUUUUUAAAAGUUAAAAUUCUUAACGAAAUAAAUAAUGAUGAAUGUCUAGCCAUGUCCUGAAAAAAGAUUUUUGUUGAGGCUCCGCAGAUGGACCUUGGAAGCAGUUUUAGAAAAAAACACCCCAACUCAGUAUAACUAUUUUUUCUAGUUACAUAGAGCUUAACACCAUCAAUAUGUACUUCUCAGACUUUUCUCCUUGUAAAUAGUUUAACAUCAGUCUUUCUUCGGUCUCGAAUAUUUUCCUUGAACUCAGAUUUCUUAAUAUAUAUAUUAUAAUUACAGAUGUGUGUCUGUGUAUGUUUGUGUGUAUGUGUUUUUGUGUGUAUGUGCCUGUGUGUGUGUGUAUGUGUGUAUGUGUGUAUAAACCAACAUAUAUUUUUAUACUAUGGGAUUUGUUCUGUCAAAACUUAAUAUGCUUGUAUUUUAUUUACACUACAUCGUUGUGAUCUAAUAUUUUUCUUUUCUUGAAACAAAUAAAACGAAAAAAACCUCAAAAUCAAAGUGAUAUUGAUUUCAAAGUCUGAAGACUCAUUUCGGAUUUUCGUUCUUUUCUGGAUAAUGUCCCUCUACAAAUGCCAUUAUUGAUUCGAAAGAGGAAGCUGCUUUGUAUAUCAAUGUUUCUAGGGCAAACAUUUCCCUCUCUAAAAUUGCCAAAUAUAAAGUGAAGCCUUUUCCACUUUCCUGUACAGUCGCUCAAUUUAUAUGUAAAUCUGACAAAGAGCGCUGAUUUUUUUUGCCUUAUAGAAAAUUGUGUAAAUUGUGAAAGCACAAAAAUAUGAAUAUAUGAUAUGUACAAGCUGGUUGAUGUGCAUUUCUCUAACUAAAUUUAUUUUUAAGCACAUGUGUGCGAGAUCUUGUGCCUUUUUUCCCCCUCUCUAUAAACGGUGAUAAGAGGGCGAUAUAUUCAUAUAUACAGUGGAAUCUGCUUAAACCAAACAUGAUUUAUCCAAGAACGGCCGUAAAUCCAAAAAAAAUAAAAUAAAAAAAAAAAUUCCUGUUUUUUACUUUUGUCAUUGAAAGAAAACUACUGUUUACCUAAAUGCUCCCAUUUCUAAACCAAAGAAUUUCAACGGUUUUGUCAUCUAAAUCUUCACUUGCAACCCAUAAGUUACACAAACCAUCAAGUUUGAUGCACUUCAAGAUAGGGAAACAGAAGAAAGAGACACAAGAAUGCCUUUGUGCCGACUGUGUUUGCCUAUGUUUAUCACACAUACACAUCAAUAGGCCUACACUCUGCGUAUAGAGCUAGUGACCCAAGGACAGACAGUUUGCAUCUGUCGCACAACUCUUGGUUGGUCAUGGCCUAUUGCCUCUGCAAAGCUAGUUCACAUAGAUAGUACACAUGAGCACAUAAUGGGACCUGGUGUGGUUCAUGACGUCACUGGUAUUGGGCUUUCAUCUUCACUUCUCUGUCUAUGCUUUCAUUUGCUUUAUGUAAGUGUUUGGCAAGGUAAGCGAGCUGACAAUGUUGAAGAGAAAACACUAUGCGUACAGCCUGCAGCUCAAACUGCAGUUAAUGAAAGAGGUAGCCUAAAUGAGAAUUUCUUGAUUUUCCAAAAAAUGAAAUUUGCCGCAAGCAUGGUAUUCUCACCUUUAUGCAGUCCACAAUCAUCGCUAUUUAAGCAACCCUUUCCUCAAUCGAACCUCUGGCUAAACCAAAGGAAACCCAGCGGUUCUGCAGGUUUUGGUUUAAGCAGACACCACUGUUUAUAUAAAUAUAUAUAUGUAUGUAUGUAUACACAUUUUUUCCCCGUACUUUUCUGCUUGAAUGAUAGAACAAGACAUAUGAAAUAUGUAACUACUUUAUGUCGUUUGACAAGUCAUAGACGUAAAGCUUCAGUCUGAUUAUGAUUCAGUUGUUAGAACAUCUCAGGUUAUUGCAAGUUUUUAUAUGUGUGUUAUGCUUGCUGGUAAAUAUAUCUUGUGUGUAGGCCUACUUGUUUCUUGAGAAUGGAGGGAAAGGACAGAUAGCUCCAAAAAAUGUUUUGCUAAAACUGCUUGGUUCUCCUGUUUGUCUAAUCUUAUUUUGUGUGAUGCACUUUUUUAGAUGUUCAUCUGUGGUAUAAGGCGAAGCUUUUAUCUGUUGUUUGCAGAAGAUGUGGGUUUGAUUCCUGCAUGGAGAAGGUAUUUUAUUGAAAUCUCUGUCUGUCUGCUGGGAUGUUGUUUUUCACAUUUUUAUACAACUGUAAAUGUUGAUGCCUUUUUCCUCUCAUAAUUUUGCUUCGACUUCACAUUGACAGCAGACUUGAGAUUAUCUUGUUGCUAUGAAAGGACUAAGACUCCAAGAAACCUACUGUUUAAAAAGCUUUCUUCCCUGCUGCUAAAAAUUUACUUAUUCAUCAAAGCAGAAGUUGUGUUUGGCAUUUUAAGCAAAUACAUAUGCAGGUUAGCAACUUUUAUUUGAUUCUUAAAAUAUUUGCAGGUCUGAAUAUGUUUAGACAUAGCCAUCCGUAUUUUGUACGGAUUUUUUUUUCUUGAAAAAUCGCCGGUCCAGGAAAUACGGAUUUUGACCGACGGUCCCGGAAAAUAAAAACUUGGUAAGCAUACUUCUAAAACAGAAAAAUUAGCCUUCCGUUGCUCGGGAAAAUGAAGAAAAUUCGGGAGAUUCCCGAAAAAUUCGGGAGAGUUGGCAGGUGUGCAGUUUCAACAACGUCAGCUGAUACGCAUGCACGGCGCUCGGCUUCUUCAUUCGUUUGAAAAGGUGGCGUCAAAACGUUCUGCGAUGAGUUCUAAGUCACACUCUGGACCAAGUAAAGCAAAGAAACCGAAGAGGCAGCAAGUUUUUCUUUACAAAUACAAGGUGUCCCUGAUAAUUAGUCAAUGUCCCUGAUUUUGAGCAAGGCUGUCCCUGAUAACCACAGAGAGGGGUGGGCAGCUAUGUGUUAAGAUGAGACUGAGAAAUGGGUCCAUUGUUAUUCGGAUGCGUAUUGAGUGAAGGAAAAAGGAAUUUUGAUGUAUCACGUUUGUAAUGAGUACACCACAAACUCAUAAAGAGAAUAAUUCAAACUUAGAGGCCUUCUUUCCCGUCCCACAAAUACAAAUUUUUUUGCCUUCUAUCAUGUGGAUCAGGGAAAUGUGGAAUAUUUGGAUUUGAGUGCUGAGGGCAGUAACAAGUUUUGGAAAUUUUGGGAAAGUGCAGUAGCACCGCUAAAAACUUACUGCGGGAAUAAGUGUAGCGACAUUUUGUUUUACUUGUGAAUAGUUUUAUCAUCUUUUGUGAAGCUGGUCUUGCAUUUGGGCUCUAUUUUACUGUUUAUACUUGUAAUUAUAAAGUGAAUUCUUUUCAUACAUUGCACAGUUACCUUCAUUUUAUAUUAGCCUUGUGAUCUAAAAAAGUCAAUGGGUGACUGAAAUAUGGUUCACUGAGCAUUUGAAACUGAAUGAUCGGUUUGCCUUAAACCAGUUUUUUGGCUGAGAGCAACGGAGCAUCAAUGGACAUGUCCGGAGUGCAGGGAUGUUGCUUUCUGAAACAAUGAAUUAAUUUUGGCUGAACCAUUACUUUUUCUAAAAGGCUUGUACAUAGCUUUGCAGAAUUUUUUAUUGUGUUCAUAUUGAACUUCUUAUUUUAUUCCUUGUUCUUCAUCCAGUCGCCUCUCUCCAUUGUGGCACUCAGAAAACGUAGUCCCGUUUGUAUCUAAUGGUAAAUAAAACUUUCAUUAUCUUCCAAAUGUUGUAAAUAAAAGUCCCAUCGCUAUUGAAAAGAUGAGCUUUCACAUAGGUCAUAAAGAUUCAGAAAGUUAUCAGUCCCACAGAUUUACAAUGUGUGUGGUAAUACUGCUGUGGGGAAAAUGUUCGGUCAUGUUGGUAUGAACCUUUCAGAAUUUUUAAAGUCUCACACAGUGAUGGUUCAAAAGAGAAAAAUUUAUUAAUUUUGUAGAUGUUGAUGAUUAAAUUGUCUUCGUGAAUACUCACGCACAUGCAAGCACACACACACAAACACACACAUGCACAGGCACUCACACUCUUACACACACCCCCUCACUCACAAACACACAUACACACGCACACGCACGCACACACACACACAGCAUGUUUUUAAAGCCAUGCUGAAUCUAGAUGAUUAAGAAAUAUCAAUAACGUACAUAUGUAAAUGAGAAAUGUUAUCAGAGCUAGCAGUAUUCAGAAAAUAACACGUCCCUCUAGGUAGUAUUAUUACUGCAGCUGUUUCAUUUUCAGAUCGACCAAACUUCUUGGCAUAGUGCUUUCAAAUAGGGAAGAUAUAUAUAUAUAUAUUGUUGGCUAUUGUAUUGUGUGAAUAUUGUGAGCCAUUGACAAGUGGAUCACUGACAUUAAAUGUAGAUUAAACACUUCUUUGUGCCUUACAGUGUGUCUUGGGUUCGGAAGUGCAGGAGACUAGCAUUUAUUUUAAUAAAUCUGUGAAUCAAUUUUGAUAUAUUUUAAAAUCUAAAUAAGUGUAAAAAGUGAUUGUACCAUUAAAGGAACCUGACUUUGUUUAUGAAAAGAUCAGAGAAGUUUUGAUUGAAGUUUAUAUUGUCGUUUGUUGCAAGAAAAAUGAGUGGCAUAAUUUCUUGUUACUCACCCUCAAAAGGCAGGGUCAAACAGAGUUCUUCAAUUUUCUUCAGAUGGUGAUGAUUAAUCGAUAUAUUGUGUUGACCUUGCAACAAAAUGUUUGUACCACAUUGGAAAUAUCUGUCUGAGAUGUUCAUGUUAGGAAAAAGAAGACUAUAUUUUUUGCACCUCUCGACAUCUAUUUGCAUUAUCUCGGCUAAGCGAAGAAACAUAGCAUGACAUAGUAAAGUCACAGAGGAUUUCAUGAACUAAAUAAAAAGAGAGGUAAGAUUUUAUGAACUGACAAAAUGUAAGUCCCAAAAAAGUCCCAUCCCUUUACUUGACUAUAGCCCCAAGAGGUUAAAAUGUGUCAAGUAAAGCACGCCACAUGACUCACACGUCUGAAAAUGAAAUGUACACACAAACAUAAAUAUUGACAUGACUCUUGAAAACGGAAAUGUCGUAAAUGUAUCAGAGUGUAUAUAGAUCUUGUAUUGAUAUUUUUAGCCCCCCUUUGACUAUGCAGUUUUUUAAAAACGAAAUUGUCUCGUUCAUCAGGUGUCAGUGGACAUUCCAUAUAUAUUUUAUACAUUUAUUGUACUGUACUGAAGCGCGUGUGUCUGCUGGUCAGAUGUACUCCUUGUAUCCACUUACACUUACAUAUAUAUAUAUAUAUGCCUAACAUCUGAGUUAUUGUUUCCAUUUGCAAUCUCAUUAAAAUAUCAAAGUCAUCAAAUAUCAG